ACACCUUUUAUUUUGAAGUCAACGACCCGGAAGCCUUACGCCAUCUUUUUUCUUCUUUCCGGUGUCCUGCACUCUUCAUCAUGGCACAAGCAGUUCAGAAACUCGUCGCAAAAGUACCCACUUUAGUCGGGGCCGCGGUCACAUACUCGAAACCCCGACUAGCGACCUUCUGGUACUAUGCCCGGGUGGAGCUCGUCCCACCGUCCCCUGCUGAGAUCCCCAAAGCCAUAGAGGCCGCAUCGGGUCUCAUCAAGAGCUUCCAGUCAGGACGCCUGCGACAAACCACAAUAAAGGAUGCCUUGAGGAAUGGACUUGUGACCACUGAGGUGCUGAUGUGGUUCUACAUUGGAGAGUGCAUUGGCAAAGGAGGCAUUAUUGGAUAUGAUGUCUAAAUAUUUUACUUUUCUUUCUCCUUUUGCACUUAUAAUUGUCACAUUCUCAACUACCUGCACCAAAUUGUCCAAUAAACAGAUGUCUAGUCAGAAGUAUA